AUGCCGCAGCCGACACAGUCGCAUCGUGGUAAUUAUGAGAUUAUAUUGGUUGUACUAAAACGUCGCUCGACAAUUCUCUUCACCACUCUCUUGCUGGGAAUAGCGCUUUUCGUGUGGUAUCGUGUGCCACACCGUGCGUUGAUUCCAUCAUCUCCUGAUUUGAACCAUAUAAAGGAGCGAAAGAAGGUGUUCGAUGGGACAUGGGACUAUAACAGAGACCAAGACAACCUGAUGCUCGAUUCAUCCCAAUGCGAGCAGGCUUUCCCAGGUCUUUUCGAGGAGAUAACGCGGCCAAAGGAAGACAGAUUGCUUCGGCGGAUAUCUUUCGAUGAGAUUGAUUCUAUAACACCCCGAAACGGAUACAUUCGUGCUAUGAUCUAUGACCAGCAGCUUUACGUCAUUGCUAUUCAAGGAAGUAUAUACUCUCGGGGGAUUGCUACGCUUCAAGCUCUGCAUCGAGCCAUUGUUUCCUCGCCCGAGCGGCUUCCUAAUAUCGAAUUCGCCUUCAACACAGAUGAUCGAAUAGAGUCUGUUCCAUUGUGGGGAUAUGCUCGACGCGCGGAAGAUACCAAUAUCUGGCUUAUUCCGGACUUUGGCUUUUGGUCCUGGCCCGAGACAAAAGUUGGCAGUAUGAAAGAAGUCCAGAUGAAAGCCGCGUGGGAGGAACGCAUGGAGGGAUGGUCGUGGGGCAGGAAGUUUCAGAAACUGCUGUGGCGAGGUGCGACAAUGGACCUGCCACUGCGAGAAAAGCUCAUCGAGGUCACCCAGGACCAGCCCUGGGCAGAUGUGAAGGCUCUGAAGUGGAAAGACAAAGACAGCAUGACUCAUGAUCUUAAAUCUAUGCCAGAACACUGUCAAUACAAGUACCUGGCACACACAGAGGGCAAUUCCUACUCAGGCCGGCUCAAAUACCUCCAGAGUUGUACGAGUGUUAUCGUUGCACACAAGAUGGACUGGAUCCAGCAUCAUCAACCACUAAUGCGGUCAACGGGGCCUGAGCAAAAUUACGUCGAAGUUGACCGCGACUUCAAAGAUCUGGGCGAAAAGAUCAGCUGGCUUGAAGAACAUGACGAUGAAGCCCAACAGAUUGCAUUAAACAACAUGAGGACUUUCCGUCAGCGUUAUUUGACACCAGCUGCCGAAGUCUGCUACUGGCGCCAGCUGUUCCAUAGCUGGGCAGAGGUCAGCUUUGAGCCCGACUUUUUCAAGGAAGAGAAUGGUAAAAAGGUCUGGCGUGGUCUUCCCGUGGAAUCAUUUCUGCUGGAGAAGAGACUGGAGUGGGAUCCUUACUAA